AAUAGGCAGCAGCAAUGAGCUGGAGCCGGAGCUUCUCUGGGGACUCAGCCACAGGGACCUGCGGCAGCAGCAAGGAGGGAGGGAGGGAGUGGAGGUCACCACAGGUCAGCUCCUACCUGCACCCUAACAGCUUUAGCCACUCCUGAGACAAGAUUUGUCACUAUUAACAUCUUGUUGCUUCAAAAGCAGAAGGAAAUUCCACUUCCCCAACCACUGCUGCAUAAUACCAAUCAAAAAAUAAAAUAUUUCUUUAAAAUCCCACAGCAAGCACAGAAUUGAAUCUGAUCCUUAAGCAACAUGAACCAGAUAGAAACAACCAUGCAGUACAACUACCAGUACGAAGAGGACGAAUACAUGAUCCAAGAGGAAGAAUGGGACAGAGACCUGCUUCUGGACCCAGCAUGGGAGAAACAGCAAAGGAAGGAACAAAGGGAUGCUACAUGACAGGAACUCUGACUUGGAGGUGGAUGCCAAGGAUACAUUCACAGCCUGGUGCAAUUCCCACCUCAGGAAAGCAGGCACGCAGAUCGAGAACAUCGAAGAGGACUUCAGGAAUGGCCUUAAAUUGAUGCUUCUCUUGGAGGUCAUCUCAGGAGAAAGACUACCAAAGCCAGACAGAGGAAAGAUGCGCUUCCAUAAAAUAGCUAAUGUCAACAAAGCCCUGGAUUUUAUUGCCAGCAAAGGAGUGAAACUUGUAUCAAUUGGUGCAGAAGAAAUUGUUGAUGGCAAUGUGAAAAUGACCCUGGGUAUGAUCUGGACUAUCAUCCUUCGUUUUGCUAUUCAGGAUAUUUCAGUAGAAGAGACCUCUGCUAAAGAAGGGCUGCUGCUGUGGUGUCAAAGGAAAACUGCUCCUUACAGAAAUGUGAACAUUCAGAACUUCCACCUCAGCUGGAAAGAUGGCCUUGGAUUAUGUGCACUUAUCCACAGACACCGACCUGAUCUUAUUGACUACUCCAAGCUAAAUAAGGAUGACCCUCUAGGAAAUAUAAAUCUUGCAAUGGAAAUUGCAGAAAAACAUUUGGAUAUCCCUAAGAUGUUGGAUGCAGAAGAUAUUGUGAACACUCCCAAACCUGAUGAGAGAGCUAUCAUGACUUAUGUCUCCUGCUUCUACCAUGCUUUUGCUGGAGCAGAGCAGGCCGAGACUGCAGCUAAUCGGAUAUGCAAGGUACUUGCUGUGAAUCAAGAAAAUGAAAGAUUGAUGGAAGAGUAUGAACGGCUAGCAAGUGAGCUCUUAGAAUGGAUUCGUCGCACAAUCCCUUGGCUGGAAAACAGGACCCCCGAGAAAACCAUGCAGGCCAUGCAGAAGAAACUAGAGGACUUCCGAGACUAUCGUCGCAAGCACAAGCCUCCCAAAGUCCAGGAAAAAUGUCAGCUGGAGAUCAACUUCAACACCUUACAGACAAAACUGAGGAUCAGCAAUAGGCCGGCCUUCAUGCCAUCAGAGGGGAAAAUGGUUUCAGAUAUUGCUGGUGCUUGGCAAAGACUUGAACAGGCUGAGAAGGGCUAUGAAGAAUGGUUGCUGAAUGAAAUACGAAGGCUGGAACGACUUGAACACUUGGCUGAGAAAUUUAGACAGAAAGCUUCUACUCAUGAAACUUGGGCAUAUGGCAAAGAGCAGAUCCUACUGCAGAAGGAUUAUGAAUCAGCUUCGCUGACCGAGCUCCGGGCUUUGCUGAGGAAACAUGAAGCUUUUGAGAGCGACCUGGCUGCCCACCAGGAUCGAGUGGAACAGAUCGCUGCCAUUGCCCAGGAGCUGAAUGAACUGGAUUACCAUGAUUCUGUAAGCGUCAAUGAUCGAUGCCAGAAGAUAUGUGACCAAUGGGACAAACUGGGAACACUUACUCAGAAAAGGAGAGAGGCAUUGGAGAGGACAGAGAAGUUGCUGGAAACAAUUGAUCAGCUUUACCUGGAAUUUGCCAAAAGAGCUGCUCCUUUCAACAACUGGAUGGAAGGUGCAAUGGAAGACUUACAGGACAUGUUUAUUGUUCACAGCAUAGAGGAAAUUCAGAGUUUAAUCACUGCCCAUGAACAGUUUAAAGCCACUUUGCCAGAGGCAGAUGGUGAAAGACAGGCUAUCCUCUCAAUCCACAAUGAAGUUGAGAAAGUUAUUCAGAGCUACAACAUGAGAAUAAGUUCAAACAAUCCUUACAGCACUGUCACUCUGGAUGAAAUCCGCACCAAGUGGGAAAAGGUGAAGCAACUUGUGCCUGUGAGGGAUCAAGCUUUACAGGAGGAGUUAGCUCGUCAGCAUUCUAAUGAACGUCUUCGUCGCCAAUUUGCUGCUCAGGCCAACGUCAUUGGACCAUGGAUCCAGACCAAGAUGGAGGAAAUUGCCCGCAGCUCUAUUGAAAUGACAGGGCCCUUGGAGGACCAGAUGAAUCAACUGAAGCAAUAUGAGCACAAUAUCAUCAACUACAAAACAAAUAUUGACAAGCUGGAAGGAGACCAUCAGCUUAUCCAGGAAGCACUAGUUUUUGAUAACAAGCAUACCAACUAUACCAUGGAGCAUGUCCGUGUUGGAUGGGAACUCCUCCUGACCACCAUUGCCCGAACUAUCAAUGAAGUGGAGACUCAGAUCCUUACAAGAGAUGCCAAGGGUAUCACCCAAGAACAAAUGAAUGAAUUCAGAGCAUCCUUCAAUCACUUCGAUAGGGAUGAAUCUGGAAAUCUGCGCUCUGAUGAAUUUAAAGCCUGCCUCAUCAGUCUCGGACAGGUUGGAAAUGACCGGCAGAAGAAGAAUGGGCUGAUGGAUCAUGACGAUUUCAGAGCUUGCUUAAUUUCAAUGGGUUAUGAUUUGGGUGAAGCAGAGUUUGCCCGAAUCAUGACCCUGGUUGAUCCCAAUGGGCAAGGAACUGUCUCCUUCCAGUCUUUCAUUGACUUCAUGACCAGAGAGACUGCGGACACAGACACAGCUGAGCAAGUCAUAGCUUCCUUCAGAAUCUUAGCUUCAGAUAAGCCCAAUAUUCUCGCAGAAGAGCUUCGUCGAGAGCUGCCUCCUGAGCAAGCUCAGUACUGCAUCAAAAGAAUGCCUCCCUACACCGGACCUGGUUCUGUCUCGGGAGCUCUGGAUUACACUGUGUUUUCAUCAGCACUGUAUGGAGAAAGUGACCUGUAAUUCUGUAAUUGGCUAUAUUCACCCUAUUCAUUAAAACAAACAAACUGAUUUCCCAGAUAGCUUCUUGAAAGCUUUGACAAGCUGAUUUUAAAAUGAGUUUUUCAAAUGUAGUAGGUACAUUCAGUGUAAAAUGCUAGAUGCUAAGAUAAUUAGUGCAUAUUACAGUGUGAAGCACUUUUAGGUUUUUAGUUUGUUGGUCUUACACACAACAUUAGAACAUAUUUUUAAAAAAGAUAUUAAAUUCAGAAACUUCUGUGGAGAAAACAGAAAAUAAAGCUUGUGAAAAAAAUCAAAGCUAUUAAAUUACUAUGACUCAAAAUAAUUUUGCCAUGUUCAAAAAUUCUUCAUGCCAUAUGUGCUUCUUUUACAAUGCACAUGAAGUUGUAUAUUAGGAGUCACAUUUUCUCAUGCAUAUGAAAGUAUCGUUUCUGCAGGUACAGUUUAAUAAAAUACAGCCAAUCAGAUAAGAGAGAAAUGCCAAUCAGAUAAAAUUCUUAGCCGCUAAAAUAAUGCAAGAUUGUAUGUUUGUAUCUCUUCAAAGAUGUUUUUCUAUUGGAAUAGAAAUCUGUAACACCUGAAAUCUAAGCCAGCUGGUUGAUAAUGAGUUAGUAUAGUAUAAUGAGCAGUACUUUUCCUUUAAGCCUUUAACCUUGCAGCUGAGAGCAAACUUUUAGAAACAUAGUAAGGAAAUUAAGUCAUAUGAAUUAUAUUGUUUUGAGACCCUUACCCAUGCCUGUGUUGAGCGGAUUCUUUGUUCCCUAUUUUAUUAGUGAGCAGCUUGCAUCAUCCCAUGUGAUUCAAACUCUUAUCUGUACAAGCUCAGCAUGAUUGUGCUGCAGUUUCAUCAAUGCUCAGAUUACAGUGUCUUCUGUCCAACAGUUCUUUUUUAUAUCCAGCUAUGGUAGUGUAGUUGGUUUUACUGUUAUUUUUUCAUCUUUUAGUGAAGCAAAACAGUAUUUUUGUAUUUGAAUCCUCACAGACAUGGAGAAAUGCAGUGUAUUCAAAUAAAAACAUUCACAAAUGGUGAAAUAAAAUGAGCUGUGCGGCUCAGUCUACUAAAGCAAUGAUGUGCCUACUAAAUAAAAUCUGCUUUUCAAAACUUUA